CCCCACCGCCCCAAUAUUCCCUUCCAUCUUUUUCCAUUUUCUUCCCUGCUUUACAGAUUAUUCUAGACAGAUCAUCCUCCAGUGAUACGUCAUGCCCAAAUUCCUCUGGCGCAACAGAUGAACAAAUUCUCCAUUUUUCCUGCAACCCUACCGUUUAUUCAACUUUUUUGAUGACUUUAUAUUAUUCCAUCUCCUUUCGCUUCUGUUUCUACCCUCAUCCACAUCUUUUUGACCUGUUCAUUAUUCUUAUUCAGCUCCUGCAGAUCUUUAUUCAGAUUUAAGCUAUUGCUCCAUGGCAUCACAAGUCUUUAUAAGGAGGCACUCAGACAAAGGAAAUUCAUCAGCCAAGGUAAACAGAAAUGUCCCCUGUUCUCAAAGUGCGCGUGGUGAAGGGAGAAGAAUUAGUAGUCAGAGAUUUCAGGAGCAGUGAUCCUUAUGUUAUCCUCACCCUUGGCAAACAUGUGCACAGAACCCGGGUGAUGAAGGAUAACCUCAAUCCAGUUUGGAAUGAAGAAUUUACAUUUCCUGUGGAAAAUAAGAAUGAUUGUUUGCUCUCAGUGGAAGUGUGGGAUAAUGAUGCUUUUGGACUGGAUGACAAGAUGGGAAAUGCUACAAUGGAUCUGAAACCGCUUUUAGAGGAGAACAUAAAAGAUAAGAAGGUGGUGUCUCCCUGCAAGGAGAACUGCCUGUAUAGAGAUAGUAGCAUCAAGCGUGUGCAAGGACCACCUGGCACAAAGGUGCAGGAAGCUUGCCUGAAGCUUCGUAAUGCUGAAUCUGGCAUCUUGACCUUGAAAUUCGAAUUGCCUGCAUAGACUUUGUUUUUCUCUCAUAUUCUUUUCUACAAUGUUUGAAAUUCGAAUUGCCUCAUUUUCCUGCUCUAUUGUAUGCAUUCUUAUUAUCUAUAAAUGCCUGCAAUACGCUUUGCAUUUGCUUGCUUCA